GUCCGAUAACAUUUUUACUAAUUCUGCUUUCAGCAAUAGUGUGUGAUGCAACAACUGAACAAACUACCACUGAGCAAAUUACAACAGAACAAACUACAACUGAGCAAAUUACAACAGAGACAACUACAACUGAGCAAACCACAACUGAGCAAACUACAACAGAACAAACUACAACUGAGCAAACUACAAGUGAACAAACUACAACAGAGACAACUACAACUGAGCAAACCACAACUGAGCAAACUACAACUGAACAAUCUACAACUGAGCAAACUACAACUGAGCAAACUACAAGUGAACAAACUACAACAGAACAAACUACAACUGAGCAAACUACAACAGAACAAACUACAACUGAGCAAAUUACAACAGAGACAACUACAACAGAGCAAACCACAACUGAGCAAACUACAACUGAACAAUCUACAACUGAGCAAACUACAACUGAGCAAACUACAACAGAACAAACUACAACAGAACAAACUACAAUUGAGCAAACUACAACUGAGCAAACUACAAGUGAACAAUUUACAGCAGAACAAACUACAACUGAGCAAACAACAACAGAACAAACUACAACUGAGCAAACUACAACUGAGCAAAUUACAAGUGAACAAACUAUAAUUGAGUAUACAGAUGCUACAAUAGACCCAACAAGUAAUGCAAUAAGUAUGAAUAUUGUUAUUCAUCCCAAAUAUAUACAAUUACGAAGUACUACAUCUACAAUUUAUAGACCAAUAAAAGCAAUUGAGUAUACAUCUGAAGAAGCUACAGGAGCAACCUUUAUAGGUGGAACAGCACUGUUCCUUAUUAUAUCCAUGAUUGUGUUUAUCAUCAUGCUGGAUAUAAAUAUAUUCAGACUGCAUUUCAAAUUAAUGUACAGAAAUGUUUGUAGUGUCAUAACUCAUUAAAAAUUCUUUGAGUCAUGUGCUUAACUUCUUUUAACACAUUGCAAAAGUUUGUAUGGUAUCAUUCAAAAGGUUUGUCCUUUUGACCCAUGAGUCUAUGAUGUGGCUUGACAAUGUUUUCUGCAGCAAGAUCUAAAUCGAGAUUAACUUUUUAACAGUAGAAAGGAGAACCUUUUUAAGAAGGACACAACUAUUUUAUUCUGGAAGUGAUCAUCAUGAAAUUUUAUCAUACUUUUAGAAAUGAGAUGAAUUUAUACAUCCUGAAACAUUUUCUUCGAAUUAUUAAAACGUGCGUUUGAAGAACAGUUUUUGUGAAGCGAUAAAAUUCAAUUUUCCAUAUUUAACCGUUACAUAUUGCUUAAAAUCAAUAAUUUUCCCAUUACUGUACGAGCAAAAUAGAAUGUGGCUAUUGGCUAAGUAACAUAAUGAAGCAAAGUCUUAGUUUUCGUAAAGCAAUAGAUGGGCGCUCCACCAGAAAUAUAUUAUAAGAAUUUUUUACGAAUUGGUUC